AUGUCUCUACAUGCCAUGAGUUUGAUGCUUAACUGUUUAAAAGCUUUUGAAGUUAAGUGCAUCUUCAACAAUGCUUUCAAGAAUGCAACAGAUGGGGUUCUUGUUAUAUAUAUUAACCUUGGGGCUGGUGCGAAGAAAGCGGUAGCGGACGAGUCAUGGAGGAAGGAAAGUGUGGAGGAUAGAUUGGAGUAUUCUCUCGUAAAGGGUAUUGACAAGUAUGCGGUAGAAGAUACAGAAGAAGCAAGGCAGAAUACAGAGAGAUAUAAAAGACCACUACAUAUCAUUGAGGGACCACUCAUGAAAGGUAUGAGCAUCGUUGGUGAUCUGUUUGGUGCUGGUAAGAUGUUCUUACCUCAGGUCAUCAAGUCAGCGAGGGUCAUGAAGAAGGCCGUGGGUCAUCUCAUCCCAUUCAUGGAGAAAGAGAAGGAGGAAACCCAGAAGGCAACAGGACAAGAAGUGGCCUUCAACAAUGGCACCAUAGUCCUGGCCACUGUGAAGGGAGAUGUUCAUGACAUCGGCAAGAACAUUGUAGGUGUUGUGCUAGGCUGCAAUAACUACAGGGUCAUCGACCUGGGGGUCAUGACCCCUUGUGAGAAAAUCCUCCAGACAGCUAUUCAAGAAAAAGCUGACAUUGUCGGACUGUCUGGCCUGAUCACACCCUCGCUCGAUGAGAUGAUCCACGUUGCCAAGGAGAUGGAGAGACUAGGUUUCUCCCUCCCACUUCUCAUAGGGGGCGCCACAACAUCCAAGACGCACACAGCCGUUAAGAUUGCUCCUUGCUACUCCUCACCUACCAUCCAUGUUCUGGAUGCUUCCAAGAGUGUUGUGGUGUGCUCAUCAUUGAUUGAUGAAGAUCGGUAUGAUGACUAUGUGGAAGAAGUCAAAGAAGAAUAUGAAGAGGUCCGAGAAGAUCACUAUGAUUCCCUUAAGGAUAGGAAAUAUCUCUCUCUGUCAGAAGUCAGGAAGAGAAAGUUUGAAAUCGAUUGGAGCAACUUUGAGCCUGUUGAACCAUCUUUCAUUGGAACCAAGGUUUAUGAGGACUACGACCUGUCUCUUCUGGUUCCUUAUAUUGACUGGAAACCUUUCUUUGAUGUCUGGCAACUUAGAGGGCGCUAUCCAAAUAGAGGCUAUCCCAAAAUCUUCAAUGAUAAGUUGGUCGGCGAGGAAGCGAAGAAGGUCUAUGAUGAUGCCCAGGACAUGCUGAAGAAGGUUGUGGACCAGAAGCUGCUUCGAGCCAGCGGUAUUGUGGGUCUCUACCCUGCCAAUAGCGUAGGGGAUGACAUCCAUGUCUUCUCUGACCGUGAGACGACCAGCGGUGGCAAACCUGAUGCAGUCUUCUAUGGUCUCAGGCAACAGGCUGAGAAGGAGAGCGAACACUACACUUGUCUCUCAGACUUCAUUGCACCCCAAGAGACGGGCAUCACAGAUUACGUGGGUGGCUUUGCUGUAUCCGCGGGGUUCGGUAGAGAGGAGAUGUGCAGGCAGUUUGAAGUGGAGAUGGAUGAUUAUAGCAUCAUCAUGAUCAAGGCUCUAGCUGAUAGACUGGCAGAGGCAUUUGCUGAGGAGCUUCAUGAGAGGGUUCGUAAGGAGCUGUGGGGCUACGGUAACACUGAGAACCUAGAGGUCAAUGAACUACACAAGGUCAACUAUGAUGGCAUCCGUCCAGCUGCGGGCUACCCCUCCCAGCCAGACCAUACAGAGAAGGAGAGCAUGUGGAAGCUGAUGGACAUUGAGAGCAGCACAGGUAUUCAUCUGACUGAGUCACUGGCCAUGGACCCAGCCGCCUCCGUCUCAGGACUCUACUUCGCUCAUCCCAAGUCUUUCUACUUUGGUGUGGGCAAGAUUGCAAAAGACCAGGUUGAGGACUAUGCAGCUAGGAAGCAGAUGGAAGUGAAAGACGUAGAGAAAUGGCUCCGACCGAACCUGUCCUACGACUGUUGACGACAUCAAGACUAUCUACAAGGUUUAUUCAUUAAGGUCUACUAACUACAUGGGUAUAUAAAUUGGAGAGGCUCUUUAUUGCCAUGUUCAUGCCUCCCACUCAUCUGUAAAUUAGCAAUGUUGUUGGUAUCGUCGCAUAUACUGACGCUAAUGGGAGAUAUCAUUAAAGGGUACUACAAAAUAAUUGUAUUAUAUUGGCUGGGCUCGAGGGGUACAUCAGAAAUAUUGACCAAGCUAAGAUUAUAUUGCCUUGAGUCGAAGACGAGGGCAAUAUGGUCUUAGUGAUGGUCUCAUGAUGUACCCCGAAAGACGGCCCUGUUGACCUAUACAAGGCAAUUUUUUACAAAUGAUAUACAACUUUAAUAUCAGGCAUGCUUUUUAAUUGUGUAUUUACCGUGUAUGCAUGUUUUUCGCUUACGGUACUCUUUUCAAGAGAUAAAAAUGUAUGAAAAUGUAAUUGUGACAUUAAUUGUUACCGUGUGUACACAAUACUGCGCACUGACAAGAAAGAGUGGAAUAUGUCAAAUGUUACCCUCUAAAUUACUACAGGGAAAACCCAGAAGAGGGCAAUUAUGGCAAAUGUUGCCUGCUUCGUUUCGUCUUCGGAGUAGCGUGCAGAAAAUGGCUUUUUAUUUUGCAGCCAGAAUGCCUUGUAUAGGUAAUAAUGCAGGAUCUUGCUCUUUGUUCAAUGAGGAAGAGUGCUAUAUAAAUUAAUUCAUUGUGAAUUUUUGAAUUUAUUUUAAAUUUUUUGCUUUUCCCUGCUAGGAUCUAGGAAAUAUCUGGUAUUAACUGACACCAGGCAGAUUUAAUUGUUAUCAUUUUUAAUAUAAAAGAUAAUUUUUUGUGGCGGGAAAGCUUAGCGUUGGACCACUUAACUGGUAAUAAUGUCCCUUGCUUACUGGGUCACCAUAUAGUGUUCAGCAAUUUGAAUUAAUAAUGUAUUACCUACAUGGGUAUUCAGAUAAAUAAUACCCUCAUAUUACGGUACUAUUGUUCUUUUAGUAGAUGUGAACAGGGCUUAUGUGUGUGAAAACUAAUUUGUUAUUAUAACUAUUUAAGUCUGAAAUUAAGUUGGCUGAAACGGAGAGCUGACCAGUAGAAAGUUACGUAA